GAGAACCAAUCCUACUACUUCUCGUCCCGGGGUUUCCACAAGUGAAGAAAAAAGUACAGGUCGUAUCGAUCAAAUUAUUGGACCCGUGCUGGAUGUCACUUUUCCCCCCGGGCAAGUUACCUUAUAUUUAUAACGCUUUAGUAGUCCAGAGUAGAGACACUGCCGAUAAGCAAAUUAAUGUGACUUGUGAGGUACAACAAUUAUUAGGAAAUAAUCGAGUUAGAGCUGUAGCUAUGAGUGCUACGGACGGGUUGAUGAGAGGAAUGGAAGUGAUUGACACGGGAGCUCCUCUCAGUGUUCCGGUCGGUGGAGCUACUCUCGGACGAAUUUUCAACGUUCUUGGGGAGCCUGUUGACAAUUUGGGUCCUGUAGAUAGUAGUGCAACGUUCCCUAUUCAUAGAUCUGCGCCUGCCUUUAUCGAGUUAGAUACGAAAUUAUCCAUCUUUGAAACAGGUAUUAAGGUCGUCGAUCUUUUAGCUCCUUAUCGACGUGGAGGAAAAAUAGGACUAUUUGGGGGGGCUGGAGUAGGUAAAACAGUACUGAUCAUGGAAUUAAUCAAUAACAUUGCUAAAGCUCAUGGGGGCGUAUCCGUAUUCGGUGGAGUAGGGGAACGGACUCGUGAAGGAAAUGAUCUUUAUAUGGAAAUGAAGGAAUCCGGAGUAAUUAAUGAAAAAAAUAUUGAAGAAUCAAAGGUAGCUCUAGUCUAUGGCCAAAUGAAUGAACCACCGGGAGCUCGUAUGAGAGUUGGUUUAACUGCCCUAACUAUGGCAGAAUAUUUCCGAGAUGUUAAUAAGCAAGACGUGCUUUUAUUUAUCGAUAAUAUCUUUCGUUUUGUUCAAGCAGGAUCAGAGGUAUCCGCUUUAUUAGGGAGAAUGCCCUCCGCAGUGGGUUAUCAACCUACUCUUAGUACAGAAAUGGGUUCUUUGCAAGAAAGAAUUGCUUCUACUAAAAAGGGAUCUAUAACUUCGAUUCAAGCAGUUUAUGUACCUGCGGACGAUUUGACCGACCCUGCCCCUGCCACAACAUUUGCACAUUUGGAUGCUACUACCGUACUUUCCAGAGGAUUAGCUUCCAAGGGUAUUUAUCCAGCAGUAGAUCCUUUAGAUUCAACAUCAACUAUGUUACAGCCUCGGAUCGUUGGCAACGAACAUUAUGAAACUGCGCAAAGAGUUAAGGAAACUUUACAACGUUACAAAGAACUUCAGGACAUUAUCGCAAUUCUUGGCUUGGAUGAAUUAUCGGAAGAGGAUCGUUUAACUGUAGCAAGAGCAAGAAAAAUUGAGCGUUUCUUAUCACAACCGUUCUUUGUGGCAGAAGUUUUUACUGGUUCUCCAGGAAAGUAUGUUGCUCUUGCGGAAACUAUUAGGGGAUUUCAACUAAUCCUUUCCGGAGAAUUAGACGGCCUACCUGAACAGGCUUUUUAUUUGGUGGGUAACAUCGAUGAAGCUAGCACGAAAGCUAUAACCUUAGAAGAGGAGAACAAAUCGCAGAAAUGAAAUUAAAUCUUUAUGUACUGACUCCUAAGCGAAUUAUUUGGGAUUGUGAAGUGAAAGAAAUCAUUUUAUCCACGAAUAGUGGCCAAAUUGGCG